AUGUCUAAACGAACAGCAGAUCUCGAAGAAGAGCAAUCCGCCGCUUUAAAAGCUGGACAGCGACCUCUGUCAGAAGCCCCACCUGACGAAGUUGGAGAAUUUGAAGACGAAUUUGAGGAUGAGUUUGAAAGUGAAGAUGAAAUCCUGGAGGCGGGAGUGGAUGGUCGGCCAGAUGAGGAAAGAGAGGCCGAAGAGAGGGAUGCGAUGGACGUCGACAAAGAGACAUUUAUUCCAGGAAGAACAAAACUAGCGCCUGGCGAGACGUUAGCCCCGGAUCCCUCGACAUAUGAUAUGCUACACACCCUCAGCACACCAUGGCCAUGCCUCUCGUUCGAUAUUGUUCGUGAUAAUCUAGGAGACAACCGAAAGACCUUUCCGGCUACCGUCUACGCCGUUGCGGGUACCCAGGCUGAAACACCUCGUGCAAAGGACAACGAGUUGAUGGUGCUCAAGUUGUCCGGACUUGGCCGUAUGGAGCGAGAGAACGAAACGGACUCGGAAAGUGAUUCGGAUUCAGACGAUGAGGGUGCAUCAGACCCAAUUCUUGAAUCCAAGACGAUACCACUAGGAUCCACAACAAAUCGUAUUCGAGCGCAUCAGACCCCCAACACUUCCGGUGAUUAUACGAAAGCCCCACAGACAAUCACUGCGACAAUGUUGGAAAACUCUCAGGUGGUUAUACAUGAUGUUACACAGCAUCUAGCAAGCUUCGAUGUUCCCGGUACUAUUCUUCCUCCUUCGGCAUCGAAACCUAUUUCCACUUUGCGUAUGCACAAAUCUGAGGGUUAUGCAUUGGACUGGUCGCCUUUACAGCCGUUAGGCAAACUACUUACAGGUGAUAACGAUGGUCUUAUCUAUGUAACAACGAGGACAGAAGGAGGCGGUUGGGUUACAGAUUCCAGGCCAUUUGUGGGACAUACUUCCUCCGUCGAGGAGCUACAAUGGUCCCCCAACGAGAAGAAUGUGUUUGCAUCCGCGAGUAGUGACGGCUCGGUGAAGGUUUGGGAUGUGCGAUCAAAAUCCCGCAAGCCAGCUGUAGACGUCAAAAUUUCCAACACAGAUGUUAACGUCAUGAGCUGGUCGAAUCAGACUUUCCAUCUUUUAGCAACAGGUGAUGAUGCCGGCCAAUGGGGCGUCUGGGAUCUUCGACAAUGGAAACCAGGUUCCUCUCAAUCCAGGCCAUCGCCGGUGGCCUCUUUCGACUUCCACAGAGAGCCUAUCACGAGUAUAGAAUGGCACCCAACCGACGACAGCGUUGUUGCCGUGGCUUCAGCAGAUAGCACACUUACGCUGUGGGAUUUGGCUGUUGAGCUUGAUGUUGAGGAGAGUCGCGAUGCCGGGAUGAGUGAUAUCCCUCCUCAAUUACUUUUUGUGCACUACAUGGAUUCUGUCAAGGAGCUGCAUUGGCAAGCUCAGAUGCCUGGAACAGUGAUCGCUACGGGUGCUAGUGGUUUUGGUGUUUUCAAGACCAUCAGCGUCUAG